GAAUCCAUUGACUCCAAUGCUAACGAGUCAAUCCUCUCCACUUCCUGCAGUGCAGAUGGAGACUUUGCAAUCGUCCAUGAGACCAAGGUGCUGCUGGAGCACACAGGUCUGAUCACCUGGAACCCUCCGGCCAUCUUUAAGAGCUACUGUGAGAUCAUUGUGCUUCACUUCCCCUUCGACCUGCAGAACUGCAGUAUGAAGCUGGGGACUUGGACCUACGACGGCAACCUGGUAGUGGUCAACCCGGACAACGACCGGCCUGACCUGAGUAACUUCAUGGAGAGUGGUGAGUGGGUGAUGCAGGACUAUAGGAGCUGGAAGCACUGGGUGUACUAUGCCUGCUGCCCUGACACGCCCUACCUGGACAUCACCUACCACUUCCUGAUGCUGAGGCUGCCUCUCUACUUCAUCGUCAACGUCAUCAUCCCCUGUAUGCUGUUCUCCUUCCUGACUGGACUGGUCUUCUACCUCCCCACUGACUCUGGUGAGAAGAUGACCCUGUCUAUCUCUGUCCUGCUGUCUCUCACUGUGUUUCUGCUGGUCAUCGUGGAGCUCAUCCCCUCCACCUCCAGUGCGGUGCCUCUCAUUGGGAAGUACAUGCUCUUCACCAUGGUCUUCGUCAUAGCCUCCAUCGUCAUCACCGUCAUCGUCAUCAACACACACCACCGCUCUCCCAGUACACACACA